UUUUUUUUUUUUUCGUCUUUUUCUUUUCUCAUAUCAAUGUCAGAUCAACAAAACGAUCUUGACCUAUACAUGUCCAAUGAUAUUCCAGAUAAUGUUUCCAUGACAAGUAGUCAGUUUGAUGAUACUGUAUUAUUAGCGAAUACAUCAACAACAGCAACAGUGACAACGACAACUCAUUAUACUGAUUUUGGACACGAAGAUCGGCAUUCUAAUAUGAAUCAAUUACAUUCUUCCUCUUCUGUUAGUGAAGGAGAAACUGACAUGAUAGUAGGAUAUCUUGAUUCAGACCCAAUGAUGCAACGACAGUUAUUAGACGAUGAUAUGACCGAAGCAGCUGACGACGAUGACGACGCUAUGGAUCAAGACAGAAUCAACAAUGACAACAAUAAUAACAACAGCAAUAAUAAUAAUAAUCAUACUGGUGAUGAUGACGAAGAUACAGGAAUUUUGGAUGACAGUGAACGAGAAAACACGGCUAUUCGAAUCUAUCACGAUACUCAUCCUGACAAUGAACAAAAACUUCAAGGUGGACGUGAAAUCGCUGAACACGAGGCUAUUUGGGCAGUCUCUACUUUUCGACCGGAUUGGGGUGUGGAAAAGAUUCGUGAUAAUAAUCCUUUGACAUAUUGGCAAUCAGAUAGUUCAAAUCCAAGGACACCUCAUACUGUUGAUUUAUAUUUUCAUCAAGCUACAUUUAUCAAGCAAGUAUCUAUUUUUGUUGACUUUUUCCAAGAUGAAAGUUAUUCACCACAUCAAAUCUCCAUACGUGGUGGUACAACUUAUCGUGAUUUGCAUGAAAUUGUUGAAUUAGAAUGCGAAGAAAUGGUGGGAUGGAAAAAUGCCGAUCUAUCAUCUAUUAUGGAUGAACCAGUACGUGUAUUCCAAUUACAAAUUGCUAUUCUUAGUACUCAUUUGAAUGGAAGAGAUACUCAUAUCAGACAAAUCAAAGUAUAUUCAGUCCCACUACCUUAUUUGCAAGAAACCGAUGAAACAGAUGGAGAAUUGAAGAUCCAUCCUGCAAAUCACAAGGGUUUACGAUGACGCUGUUUUAUUUGCGAUCCAAUCAUGCUGGCGUUAACGGUCCAAUAUUUUUUCCAUGCAAGUCUUAUGUAAAUUUUUUCUUUUUACUCCUUUUAUUCCCUUUUUUUUUUUUUUUUGUUCUU